AUGUCAAGCUAUGCCAAGACAACAUAUGGAAGAAAGAGCAAAGAUGUUGAUGAAGCUUCCGCAAUUUACCAACCGAAACAGAGUGAUAUCACCGGUAAAAUCAUCAUCUUUACCCUUGUAGGGCUUUGCAUUCUGCUCUCCCUCUUCAUCAGCAUCGGUUUCUAUGUCAUAGCCAAGCCACUUCAAGCAAGCUUGACAUCCGUGGCUUUAAGAAACCUCAGGUACAACAACAAUACAUCAUCAUCAUCGCCUUAUUUCAACGCAACACUGGUUAUGGAAAUUAGAAUUGAGAAUCCGAAUUUCGGCUUCUUUGAGUUUCCCACAAGUAAAGGAGAUAUCUUGUACAACGGUCUUGUUGUUGGUGAAGUGAAGAUCAAUGGACAACGAGUGGCUUCGUAUAGUGCCGUAAGAAGAGAGGUUAGAACUGAAGUGAGUUACAGAGAGAACCAGGGAUCAUCUGUUUGGUUCAAGAACGAUGUAAAGAGAGGGUUAAUUAUCCUCAAGAUCGGAGCUAAACUGAGAGGUGAAGUACACUUGAAGGCUUUGAACAAGAGAACAGUUCAUUUGAAGUGUUUGAUGUACCUUAAUCUGAUAGAUGAAGUGAUUCAACGUUUGUGGUGUAAAUGA